AUGGCUUCUGAGAGGCUGAUUGCGUUUUUUGCUUUGGGGAUUCUGAUGACUUUUUUGGCGCAGACCAAAUCUGUGGAGGCUACUCGACGAGUGGUGAUCCCUGUAGGUCCCCGCAUUGUACAGUGCAUGAAGAAGGUAGAUGAAUUGAAAAAGCAAAUCGCCUCUUUGGAGAAGUCCAAACGUAAGAAGCAAUUGAUUUUACUAAAAUUGUUUUCUUUAGCUAAAUAUACUUGGAACUAAAGUAGUAUAUUUGUGUUUGUUCUUAAAUGUCCAACACAAUUUGUUAUAUACGUACUAGGGUUGUGAGACAGGGCCUUAAUGGGAGUAUCGUCCUUAUUCAGGGGAAGACUAAAAAGUCUGUCAUUAAAAACGCAGCACUUUCUCCUCAGUUAUUUAAAGCCCUGAGUGUUGGACCAGCUCAGGUUUUAACCAGCGACUUCGCGCUUGGUAGACCUUUGAUUAUCCCAUUCAGUUGACCAGGCGAUGGUUUUUAUUUUGUUAAGGGAAUUUUUAUUCUCACCAACGAAAAAUUGAGAGAAAGCCAGUGAAGCCCAAGAAGCACUAACAUAACUGCAAGUGCGAAAAAGAAAUGAGAAAAAUCCCACUUAUUUUAAAUUCUUAGUCAUUUGAAGAGGGUUUGUCGCAUUUACUUUCGAUUUAUUUCACACUAUACCGUUCAAAAGUCUUGUAGACCAUUUAACUUUUGUGAGCUUAUUAAUGAAGCUUUUGAAUAAAUGCGAUCUGACUUGCUUGACUACAAAUUUACAUGCUUUUUGUUUUAGAAAUUAUGUUUGGGAAAACUCAGCAUAAGAACAAUACGGUCUACGUAGAGGGACUGGGUGUUUCAAAACAAGGUAAACCCCAGCCUUGCUUCCACGCGUAUUAUCUCCCUGUUAGCUUGGGCUGCCUGUGGAGAACCUAAUUUUCAGUGUGGUAUAAUUCUUUUAUAGAGGAAGGUUUCCUUUUUGCAAGUUCUACAGUAACUAACUACGUUGAUGCUGGAAACUUAAGUGAACCGUUGGAUGCAUUAACUUCUUGUGUGUGGAUCAAAUUUGAAGACUCGUCUCGAGAUAUGGAGUGUGUCUUCAGCAUUCCAUCUCAAACUGAGGAAUUAGAGUUUGUACUGUUACGGGCUUAUGGCAACCUCGUGUUAGCUACCAAAGGUCGACUUGGGUAAUGGAAAACGUUUAUUGUCAUUAUCAUCAUCAUCAUCAUCACCUUUAUCAUAAUUAUUUUAUUUAUUAAUUUAUUUAUCUAUUUUUUUUUGUGAUCUUUUCAUUUUAGUGCUGUCCUAGUUUACUAUCGUAGCAAAUGUUACCCGAUAUAAGGGCACUUCAUACCCUUUAUCCUCUGCUCAGCUCAACAAUCAAACCCAACAAUUCUGCUUUUGUUGUCGUUGUUUUGGUUUUUAUUUUGUUUUCAAUCUGACAUAGUCGUCGCAAUUUGUAAUAAAAUUGUCGCAUUCUCCUACAACAGGGCAACAGGGUAAUAGUCUUUAGGCAUGUACGCAUAUAUCUUAUUAAUCAGCCUGCUCCUAGUGGAUACACUGCAUUUUUCCUUUCAAGACAUUCCGAAUGGAAAUACUGCGUGCAUUAGAACGAUUGCGUGUCACGGAAUCGGGAUUCUGGAAUCCGAGAAAAUUUUGCUGGGGGAAUCAGGAUUUCUGGGCUUUGGAAUAGGGAAUACAGCUCAAGAACUCCGGCAGAAUCCCACUAACUAUUGAAAUCAAGAAUCUAUAAGUUCCGCUGACAAAGACUAGAAUCCAUCAUUGACAUGACUUCCAAAGAGCUAUAGAUUUAGACAUUUACGGUUAGUUCCUUCAGACAAAUAACCCACCACCUUAGUUUGAAUUUGCCCGUCUUACUAUUACUGUCUUUGAACUGUUUAUUAUUUCAAAAGGCAAUACAACGUCAUUCAGUUUAACAAAUGGAGCCAUUUCUGCGUUACAAGGGAAUCUGGAACAUGGAGAGUGUACAUAAAUGGAACACUAAAGGACACUUUCAAAAAACCAGGUGACUUGUUUCGCUUGUGAAUAAUCGUAUCAUUAAGCAUCUGUGCGUUCGAAGAUGGACUGAUUUAACUGUUGGAUUCUGAACCGGGGGACUCCGAAUGCCUUCUUUCCAAAUUCCCCAGCUUCGAAAAUUGUACAUGAAUGGAAGGGUCAUCUAGAAAUUUUUAGCCGUCCUCAAGUAAUAGAAAAUUCUAAGCGACAUCUACUUCUCCGAAGAGAUAUUUUACAGAAAACAGUCGUUGGGUGCCCCUGAUCAUGAAGAAUGCUCCCCUUUAUGAUCAAUAUUGUUCCUCAUUCACACCGAAGCUUUUAAAAAAUCGAUCAGGAAGUUAUUUAAUUAAAAAAAAACGUCCUCGCAUUGAACAUUUUGAAGUGUCUUCUCGCAAAUUGAAUAGAGGCGCAAUUAAACAUUAAUCCUUUUCUUUUUGCAGGAGUAAUCGUCGGAGGAGAAAAAUGGGUA